AUGGUGCAAGUGAGCAAAGGCGUGCUGGUGACUUGUGACCCCCCGAUGCGACAAUUCCUCAUUUGGCUGGACGAGAAAGAGAAGCUGGGGAGAAAGUUUAUUCUGUUAGAUUUGGACAGCACGCAUUUGUUCAUCUCUGCGGAUGUAGUGAAUGAAUUGAUGGAGAAGGUUGAUGAGUGGAUGGACAGGAUCAGUGCCCAGGUUCUGGAAAGAGACGAUUAG